AUGAAUGCCCAAUGCAGGAACGUAUUAAAAGAUGAAGAAUGUAGCAAGAAAAGAAGAAAAAGUACUGGGAAAUCCAGUUUUGAACCAUCAGGAGUCAGGAAAGCUCAGCAGCAACAGAGCAGGUUUCGGGCAUUAAGGGAAGACGAGCUUAGAGGUCCACCAUCACGCACCAGGGCUAGCCUUAAGAGAAGGCUCCAUGAACCUUCAUCAUCCAAGCCAAAGGCGGAAAAGAAACUAAGUCAAGACGACCGGUCAAGAAAUGGCGAUAUGAAACAUGUCACAGAGGCUAAAGAGAACACAGGGACUGAUGCAAUUUCAGAAGAACCGAUGGGUGCACCAUCCAUAACUCAACCAUUGCCUGAUAAGCAGACCUUAGAGUUCAUUAUCGACACAUUGCAAAGGAAGGAUAUGUAUGAAAUCUUUGCUGAACCGGUUGACCCUGAAGAGGUUGCGGAUUACUAUGAAAUCAUCGAGGAACCAAUGGAUUUCGGGACAAUGAGAGCUAAACUUCAUGAGGGAAUGUAUACUUCCCUUGAGCAAUUUGAGCAUGACGCAUUCUUAAUACCAGGGAACGCGAUGCAUUUUAACUCUUCGGGUACUGUAUUUUUCAGACAGGCUCAUGGGAUACAUAAACUAGCACAAAGAGUUUUCCAUGUCUUGAGGACAAAUCCAGAAAACUUUGAGUCAGAAUUCUCAGCAAAUAGGCGACGAUCUAGCAGGAGAUCUCACGAUGAAACCAACGAGUUGAAUGACAGAACAUUCUUAAAAACUUCUGAAAAGCGAGGUAAAAGAUGUGAAUCCAUUGAAGUGGACAGAAGAUCCACUUAUAAACCUGAAUUGAACCUCAACAAUGAAACAUGGUCAAACCCAUUGAUCCAUUUAAAUCAACAAGAACUUAGCUACCGCGACAGCCUAAUGAAAUUUGUCAAAGGUUUAGGUCCAACGGCCCAAAUGGUUGCCAAUCGAAAACUCCAAAACUUAAAUGGAAAGUGUUAUCAAACAACCAUACAACAAGAUUUUGGGAAACAACCUCAAAUUCCAAAUAACCAAAUGUGGUGUAACACUAAUCAUCGUUACAGAGGGCUCGUGGAUCUAAAUGUAACGUCAACGUUGAUGCCUGCAUGGCUUCGACAAGAGGAGAGUACAUCUACGAGAAUCACAUUGGAUCUAGAUUUUUUGAAACCGAAUUAUCGAAAAAUGAAUAAUGGUGGAGGAAAACUUGAAGAAAGCGGUAGCAGAUCAUUUGAUGUCAACGAGUUGGGUCUGCGACUGUAA